AUCAUACCAGGAAGUAUUGUGGUUCAAGUGUAAACUUGCACUGAUGAAUGGGAACUUCCAUUAUGUACAGGUCGUCAAAAGCUUUCAAGUACAUCACAUAUAAGUUAUAACACUAAGAAAGGAAACAUUUAGAAGACAUUCUCAUGCGUCGUUUAUUUAUUGCGUGCACACCGUCAAAAGCCUUUGAGCUCAGAAUACUAGAAUAAUACGUAGAAUUCAGUACAGACUGAUUUACAUUUGAAGGUGGAUAUAAAGAGCAAAGAUUGUUGAAAUGGCUGUCGUGAUCACCAACGUAUUGAUUUUCUGCGCGGUCUUCGUCGCCGCUCUUGGAACGGAGAAGUACCAUGUGGCGCUCCCAACCCCCGUUCCAGCUGACUGUCUGAGGUGUAUCUGCAUCGUGGAAUCCAACUGUAAGAUGCCCUCUCCUGUUUGUCAGAUAGACGUCGGCUCGCUAUUGUGUGGUCCCUACCAGAUAAAGGACGAUUACUGGAACGACGCUAGGAUGAAAGGCGGGGAUCUCAUGGGAUCUUGGAGAAAGUGCACAGCUGAUAUGGGAUGCAGUGGGGAGACGGUACAGGGCUACAUGGCUCGUUUCGCUGUCAUUAGUCGCCUUGAACACGAACCAACUUGUGAGGAUUUUGCCCGCAUACACAACGGCGGUCCAAAUGGUUAUAAUAGGACCUCUACAUUGAAAUACUGGUCCAGAGUCAAGGAAUGUCUCAAUUAAAGUCCAGUUGAAAUAUUAAUGUUUCUUCUCACCUGAAUUAGGCUUACAUAGUGUGAAUGAUGCAAUAUCUUAGUUACGUUACCCCUUUUGAAUCCCAACUGCU